AGCGUGAAAUGUGGCCGGCACUUCUUAUCGCGAUUACGGUGAUUGCGUUCGUUGAGCAGAUAAAUAUUUGUUGCAAAACAAUUUCGCCCAAUUUAUUAGUUUGAUCUAACCUUGGAUGGAUGUUUGCUAAAUUAAUUUCAGCACCACGUACUAGUUAACACUCACUUAGUCUGAUAACGUUGUAAUGGGACCUUUGUGGUUUGUAGAAUAGUUAAUGGCUUUUAAAUGUGAUGAGUAAAAAAAUGGAGUGGACUUGGUUAAAAGAUUGGUGGCGUUUGAAGCGAUGGAGAAAAAGUAAAACAAACAGUGAAGACAGUGUUUGCUUUUGCGACGAAUGUUUACAAGAAGCCGAAAACGGGGACCUAGAGCUAUGCGAUCCGAGCGAUCCGUCCCUAAGCCCCCAGGAACUGGACGAUGGGGGCAAGGUGGUCAUAGUGGGGGUGUGUGCCAUGGCCAAAAAGUCGCAAAGCAAACCGAUGAAGGAAAUUUUGACGCGUUUACAAGAAUUUGAAUACAUUAAAGUGACUGUGUUCCCCGAAGAAAUUAUUUUACAAAAACCUGUGGAAGAGUGGCCCGUUUGUGAUUGUUUGAUAUCGUUCCAUUCCAAAGGUUUUCCGUUAGAAAAAGCCAUCCAAUAUGCCCAAUUACAUAAUCCUUACGUCAUUAAUAACUUGCACAUGCAAUACGAUAUUCAAGAUCGGCGCAAGGUUUACGCGAUUUUGCAAAAUGAAGGUAUCGAAAUCCCGCGUUAUGCCGUUUUGGAUAGGGAUAGUUCUGAUCCAAAACAUCAUGAAUUAGUAGAGUCCGAGGACCAUGUCGAAGUGAAUGGAGUCGUCUUCAACAAGCCCUUCGUGGAGAAGCCCGUCUCGGCCGAAGACCACAACAUUUACAUUUAUUACCCUACGUCUGCUGGCGGCGGCAGCCAGAGAUUAUUCCGCAAGCGUUUGUAUUAUUCCCAGAUCGGCAGCAGGAGUAGCGUUUAUUCACCGGAAUCCAGGGUACGCAAGACUGGUAGUUUUAUUUAUGAAGACUUCAUGCCGACGGACGGCACUGAUGUUAAAGUCUACACCGUGGGCCCUGACUAUGCCCACGCCGAAGCGCGCAAAUCGCCGGCCCUCGACGGCAAAGUCGAACGGGACCGCGAAGGCAAAGAAAUCCGCUAUCCAGUGAUACUGAGCAACGCCGAAAAACUAAUUUCUAGAAAAGUAUGUCUAGCUUUUAAGCAAGCCGUUUGUGGUUUCGAUCUUUUGAGAGCCAACGGCAAAUCCUUCGUCUGUGAUGUGAACGGUUUCAGUUUCGUCAAAAACUCAAACAAGUAUUACGACGACUGUGCCAAAAUUUUGGGAAACAUGAUUCUGCGAGAGCUUGCCCCCACUCUACAUAUCCCGUGGUCGGUGCCCUUUCAGCUGGACGACCCACCUAUUGUCCCCACGACUUUCGGAAAAAUGAUGGAGCUGCGCUGUGUGGUAGCUGUGAUAAGGCAUGGCGAUCGGACGCCUAAACAAAAAAUGAAAGUCGAAGUCAGGCAUCCAAAGUUUUUCGAGAUUUUUGAAAAAUACGAUGGGUAUAAGCACGGCCAUGUUAAGCUCAAGCGCCCUAAACAGCUGCAAGAAAUUCUGGAUACGGCUAGGUCAUUACUUGCCGAAAUUCAGCAACACGAAGCUGACCCCGAAAUCGAAGAAAAACAGGGGAAAUUGGAACAGUUGAAGGGUGUCCUGGAAAUGUACGGUCACUUUUCCGGGAUUAAUCGAAAAGUCCAAAUGAAGUACCAGCCGAAGGGACGCCCCAGGGGCUCCAGUUCUGACGAUGAUAAACCAGCCGAACCGUCGUUGGUGUUGAUCCUGAAGUGGGGUGGUGAGCUCACUCCUGCCGGCAGGAUCCAGGCUGAGGAGUUAGGGAGGAUUUUCCGAUGCAUGUAUCCGGGGGGACAAGGUAGACAUUUAGCCGGUGAAUAUGCGGGGGCCCAAGGCUUGGGUUUGCUCCGUUUACACUCGACGUUCCGUCACGACUUAAAAAUCUACGCUUCUGACGAAGGUCGCGUGCAAAUGACUGCCGCAGCCUUCGCUAAAGGCCUGCUAGCCCUGGAGGGAGAACUGACUCCGAUUUUAGUACAAAUGGUCAAGAGUGCAAACACUAACGGUUUAUUAGACAAUGACUGUGAUAGCAGUAAAUAUCAAAACAUGUGCAAAGCACGCCUCCAUGAGUUAAUGCAACUCGAUCGGGACUUUACCCCCGAAGAUCGGGAAAAAAUCAAUCCUUGCAAUUCCUCAAGCAUUGCCGAUGCUUUAGAUUUCGUCAAAAACCCGGUCAAGUGUUGCAAACACGUCCACGAGUUGAUUAAAUCACUCAUGGAGAUAGUUCAAGUGAAAAAAGAGGAUGCCAAAACGAAAGACGCGAUUUUGUAUCACGGUGAGACGUGGGAACUUAUGGGGCGUCGUUGGGGCAAAAUCGAGAAGGAUUUUUACACGAAAAAUAAAAUUUUCGAUAUUAGCAAAAUCCCCGACAUUUACGACUGCAUCAAAUACGACCUGCAACACAACGCGCACUCGUUACAAUUCGAACACGCUGAAGAAUUGUACACUUAUGCCAAAUACUUGGCCGAUAUUGUCAUACCUCAAGAAUACGGCCUAACAGCGCAGGAAAAAUUGACAAUUGGCCAGGGGAUUUGCACCCCACUUUUGAAGAAAAUCCGCGCUGAUCUCCAACGCAAUAUUGAGGAAUUGGGCGAGGAGACCGUCAAUCGACUCAACCCGAGGUACUCCCACGGAGUGUCAAGUCCCGGGAGACACGUCCGGACCCGACUGUACUUCACCAGUGAAAGCCACGUUCACUCACUAAUUACGGUCUUACGCCACGGCGGAUUAUUAGAUAUUAAACGUGACGAGCAGUGGCGGCGUGCUAUGGAAUACGUAUCAAUGGUCUCCGAAUUAAAUUACAUGUCUCAGGUUGUUGUCAUGUUGUACGAAGACCCAACGAAAGAUCCGUGUAGUGAGGAACGAUUCCACGUCGAGUUGCACUUUAGUCCCGGAGUGAACUGUUGCGUCCAGAAAAAUUUACCUCCGGGGCCUGGUUUUCGGCCGCAUUCGCGGAACGAAUCGGCGGCGAGUAAAAAUGCAAGUUCGGAUACUUCGGCCACUGCCACUCCUGAUGAUUCCAAGGGCCAGUGCUCAGCGCGUAUUGAGGAGGAAGAAGAACGGAUCGAGGAAGAAAAGCCUGAGAUUGUCGAAACUCCAAGUGCUACGGAGCUGUCGCCGGAAACGUCCCCGGACAAGACGUACUACCGUCAGUACGGCAAGUCCAGCGAUCCCAUCCCGAUAGGAAGUUCUCACACGGUAAGCGGUCAUGAGGCAAUGCACCUAGCCCAGCGUUUGAACGAGGAAUUGGCCCAACAGAGCAGCCGGAGCUACGGCAUGAACCGCGCCAUAAGUCCGGAGCCCGAAGCCAGAUCAAAGAGCUACGACCACAAAAGUCCGCAGAAAGGGAAAGCUGAGAAACUGCAUCAGAGUCUGGACGCUGUUAACAGCAAAGAGUCACCCCAUAACGAUACAGACUCGUCUAUAACACCCACAAAUGUCCCUGUUACGCCCCCCAUUGAGAUUCCUGUGCGUACCGUCGACCCAAACACACCACUUGACUCUUGUCCCUACUCGUUCAAACCGAUCUCGCAAGACAAGUCCGAACUUAGCCCAAUUUCGGGGUCGUUUGAGGCCGAUUAUCGAAGCGACUUGGACUCACCACUGACGCUUAAAUCCCCAGACGGGACCCCAAAAUCGCGGCCCGAGAGCGCCACCAACGAACUACCUUUAACCGAAUUGAACUUAGCUCUCUUCACUUCGGAGCAGGAGACCUUAAAUCUGUGUAAAAUGAGCACUAAUGAGCUGCCUCUUUCCGAUAUUAAGUUGAGUAAACAGAACACAGUCGAAAGUCAGGUGGACGACGUUUCGCUUGAAGUAAACUGGGAAAGCGAUUUGAAGGACGAUGACGCGGGUCAGCAGGCCAAUAUCAAAAGUUUCACGCAAGAAAAGCGUCACCGGUCGUUUUCCGACCCUAACAUCCUCGACGGCGAAAAGCUGUUCCUCUUGGAAAAGUACAGUGAGAGUCUGAACUACGACGGUACGUCCAGGAGUCCCUCCUGUUUGACUCCUGGCGAGCCUCCCCGUAUCCCGUUCAGUUUCUACCCCCAGCACGCGCCCCCUUGUUCGCUAUGUUGUACGCCUUUCACCCGUUCCCCGUCGCACCUGUUGUCGUUCUUCUCUUCGCCCCCUCGCGCCUCUCGCUCACUCUCUAACCCCAGUCCCGGCGUGUCUGUGAACCACCCGUGCAUGUCCGAUACAGAGUGCAACAACGCAACAGUCAGACGCCACCGUCACAGUAUUGCCGGACAGAUGAGCUAUUACAAGAUGCUAGGGUUCGGUUGCGGAGGACCUCUAGGUUUCAAGAAGCUGGCGACGGGAAGCGGAAACUCCCUGUUCUCGACGGCGGUGAUCUCCGGAAGCAACAGCGCCCCCAAUUUGAGAGACAUGAUCCCGAGCACGGCGAGCGCGUCUGCUCUUGAAGGUAUCGGGGGAGUGCCCCCUAUUCGCCCCUUGGAGACGCUCCACAAUGCUCUCUCGUUGAAGCAAAUCGACACGUUUCUGGAGCAUAUGACGGCGGCGCCGCUCUUUAGGACGCCGUCGUCCACGCCACCCAAGUACCCCUCCACACCCCUGCCCACGCCCACAAAUGGGGGGCCCACAGCGGUGGCCAACUCGGCGCAGCCUUUAAAACUGCAAUCGCCAAGCAAUAGUGUGGGGUGGAGCGGGCCGCCCAGUUUUGUCUCAAGCAGCGGUCCGUCCUCGCCUGGAGCCUCCGAAAAUUCCAAGGAGAGUAGCGAAAUGUCGUCCAGUAUCAUCAGCAGUGAUGGGAUAAAUGUGGACAAUUUUACUAAAAUCUUCCCAACGGCUCCUGGUCUGGACCAGGAUCUGGGAAACGUUGGGAUCUUGCUAGACCUCGACCGGGAGAUUUCCGGAUCGAUGGAAUUCUCAGAAUAUUACUCCCAACUCCACAGACCUCCACAAGGGGACAGUGGGGACGUGACUCCAGUUUCUGGCGGCUCGGAGGUUGAAUUUAACACAAACGAUGCCACUGCGGGAUCAACGGCAGACUGCGACGUUACAGUUACAGAAGACAUAGAUUCCUGUUUCUUAGGAGAUGACGAUGUUAUUGAUAAUAAAAAUCCUGUGCCCUCCGGUAUGAUAACGAGUAUGACAGAAAAUAAUUUAUUAUGCCAAGGCAUCACAACUCCAAAAGUGAUAUCGCCGCUGAACGCCAACGUUAGCAUUUACACAAAUGUGCUCCAUCCGUCGAAUUCAGACAGUUUUACUCUAAAACACAUCGAAAAUUCCGAGCGAAUACAAACGUCCACCAACCGAAUAUUCAAUGACUUUGACAGAGGCAAAGAUUUGAAAAACUUGACCAAAAAAUCAAACAUCUACGACAAAGAUAUUCCCAGUUCAAGCAAAAACAUAUCGGCUUUAGGUUCGGAUAAGUGGUGCACAAGCAAAGAAAAAUUCCUCGAUAGUAUCACCACAAAGCCCGACACUCCCGAGAAAAAACCUGAACAAAAACCAAACCCUGGCACCGUUCUUGUGAAAGAACACUACAUAGAGCCUCCACGAAUGACCCGAGUUUCGAGGAGUUUCCACGGAAAAUCUCCUACUAGUAACAGUUAUCUCGAUAUAUCUAACGCUAUCCCUCGCCGGGCGAGCGAAGGGGUGCCCCUGACCAGCCGAAACCUAAAUCUCCAGCCUGAAACCUUGAAGCAAGACGUCCAAAAUUCCACUAGACGGAAAAGCAACAUCGAGAAAAUCAAAGCGACUCGUCCACAAUUUAUCACACAGCUAUCCCAACCUUGUGGGAGCACGCUGCAGUCUCCCAGUGUAGCUUUAAGGAAAACCUCUCUGACUGACGUAAGUGCGAGUAAAAAGAGGUUUACAACGACUCUGGUUGAUGAAGCCGAACAUGCCGCCUCGGUGGGAAUCAGUGUGAGGCCGCGCCUUGUGAACGAGCCCCAGACUGAAGAUGAGGACAGUGCGUCCAAUAAAAAUCUUUAUUUUAGGAGUUUCAGUAGUGAUAAAAAUGAUAAUAAAUAAGGGUUAUAUAUCUUGGGGUUGUUAUUGAACUGAAGGUAUUGUUCCAAUAAAGUUUUUUAACGUU